AUGGCCACCAUCCAGUCAGAGACUGACUGCUAUGACAUCAUUGAGGUGCUGGGCAAGGGCACCUUCGGGGAGGUGGCCAAGGGCUGGCGGCGGAGCACGGGGGAGAUGGUGGCCAUCAAGAUCCUCAAGAACGACGCCUACCGCAACCGUAUCAUCAAGAAUGAGCUGAAGCUGCUGCGUUGCAUGCGGGGCCUGGACCCCGAGGAGGCCCAUGUCAUACGCUUCCUGGAGUUCUUCCAUGAUGCUCUCAAGUUCUACCUGGUUUUUGAGCUGCUGGAGCAAAACCUCUUUGAGUUUCAGAAGGAGAACAACUUUGCACCCCUUGCUGCUCGCCACAUCCGCACGGUCACCCUGCAGGUGCUCAGAGCACUGGCCCGGCUCAAGGAGCUGGCCAUCAUUCACGCUGAUCUCAAACCUGAAAACAUCAUGCUGGUGGACCAGACUCGCUGCCCUUUCAGGGUCAAGGUGAUUGACUUCGGCUCAGCCAGCAUUUUCAGCGAGGUUCGUUAUGUGAAGGAGCCUUACAUCCAGUCACGCUUCUACCGAGCCCCUGAGAUCCUACUGGGGCUGCCCUUCUGUGAGAAGGUGGAUGUGUGGUCCCUGGGCUGUGUCAUGGCCGAGCUGCACCUUGGUUGGCCCCUCUACCCAGGCAACAACGAAUAUGACCAGGUGCGCUACAUCUGCGAGACACAGGGCCUGCCCAAGCCCCACCUGCUGCAUGCUGCCCGCAAGGCCCACCACUUCUUCAAGCGCAAUCCCCACCCUGAUGCCACCAACCCCUGGCAACUCAAGUCCUCAGCCGACUACCUGGCCGAGACCAAGGUGCGCCCACUAGAGCGCCGCAAGUACAUGCUAAAGUCACUGGAUCAGAUUGAGUCGGUGAACGGUGGAGCAGCAGGCCGGCUGGCCUUCCCAGACCGGGAGGCCCUGGCUGAGCACGCCGACCUCAAGAGCAUGGUGGAGCUGAUCAAGCGCAUGCUGACGUGGGAGUCUCAUGAGAGGAUCAGCCCCAGCGCGGCCCUGCGCCACCCCUUCGUGUCCAUGCAGCAGCUGCGCAGCACCCAUGAGUCCACGCGCUACUACCAGCUCUCCCUGCACAGCUACCGGCUCUCCCUGCAGGUAGAGGGCAAGACGCCGGCACCUGUAGUGGACGAUGUGCCACCCUACUACCCGUUGACCGAGGAGGAGGAGGCUGUGAGCCUGGGCAGCACGGUGGGCAGCGGGCCCUUCUUCCGAGAGGAGAAAGCGCCUGGUAUGCAAAGGGCCAUCGACCAGCUGGACGACCUGAGUCUGCAGGAAGCAGGGCGGGGGCUGUGGGGAGAGACCCAUGCAGAUGUGGUCCCCAACAUGCUGACCCCCCUCAAGGCAGCUGGCCCUGGCCACCGGGUGCCUGACUCAGGCCCCGAGCCUAUCCUGGCCUUUUAUGGCAGCCGCCUAACAGGCCGACACAAGACCCGCAAGCUGCCUGCAGGCUCCAAGUCCGACUCCAACUUCAGCAACCUGAUCCGACUGAGCCAGGCCUCGCCCGAGGAUGAGGUGCCCUGCCGGGGCAGUGGCUGGGAGGAGGGUGAGCGAUGUGGGGCCUCUGCUGAACCACCCACCAUUCUGCAGCGAGAUGGUGAUGGGCCUGACAUCAAGGACCUGGUCAUGGAUGCUGAGAAGCCGGGCCCUAAGCUCUUUGACCCCAGCAGCUGCCCUGGGGAAUGGCUGAAUGAUCCAGACUGGAGCCUGGAGGGUAUCCGGGGGCCACGGGCUCAGGGCCUGCCACCCCGCCACUCCCGGGCCACCAGCUUUCUCCAGCAUGUUGGCGGGCACCACUGA